AUGCCAGAUCUUAGGGCUUCUCGGAGUUCUGGAGCUGGAAACAUUCAGUCAGGUUCAGCUGAGGAGCGUGAUACCAAUGAAAUCGAAAUGAGAAAAGAAGAGGAGGCCAAUCGGUCGUUUUCCAGCGUUCUCAAGGCUGAACUUUUUGGAGACCAUGUUCCAAUGGCUACGGCAGAUCUCUCAAGAAACAGAUUGGGGCAAGACAAAAACGAUUCUUCUACAAACUUAAGGUCAUCUAAUCAUGCAUCAACUACGAUGUCUUCCGCUGGCGGAAACUCAUCAUCGGGUCGUACCACUCCUCCCAGAACCACAGGAUCUGGUGUGGCAUCUACUCCUCGCCUGAGCGCAAACAUGUUCACAUACCAGCUGCCGAGCAAACAGCGCCCCAUUUCGCGGGAUCUUCAGCUGGAACUCUUUUCAUUAUCUCCUGUUCGGUCCGAAUCUCAAAAAUUCCUUCUCAGUCCCCAAAAGAAGCCAAGAAACAUUUCAAAGCUUUCAGAUGACUUUUAUCUAAAUUUGGUGGACUGGGGCUCGCAAGACGUGCUUGCUGUCGGUCUUGGUGACUCCGUCUACCUCUGGGACGGUCUGACACAAUCUGUUGAAAGACUUUGUGUUUUGGAUCAAAAAGAUAAAGUUACCUCCCUUAGCUGGAUUGGGUCAGGUACUCAUCUAGCUGUUGGAACGCUGAAGGGUCUUGUCGAGAUCUGGGAUGCUACGAAAACCAGAUGUGUCCGUACCAUGACGGGCCAUAAACUACGAGUCAGUGCUUUGGCGUGGAACGAACACAUCUUGUCGAGUGGUUCACGAGACAGAACAAUUUAUAACAGAGAUGUAAGAAUCCUGGACCAUUAUGUGAACUGCUUCGAGCACCACAAACAAGAAGUUUGCGGACUCAAAUGGAACGUUGAGGAGAACAAGCUUGCUAGUGGUGGUAACGAUAACAACCUUUUCAUCUGGGAUGCACUUAACACUAAGCCUUUGCAUCAAUUCACCGAGCAUAACGCUGCAGUCAAGGCAAUUGCAUGGUCACCACACCAACGAGGCAUCUUAGCAUCUGGAGGCGGAACUGCUGAUAAGACUAUCAAGGUAUGGAACACUCUCACUGGUAACAGGAUAAACAAUGUUGAAACCGGUUCCCAAGUGUGCAAUUUGAUCUGGUCCAAAAAUUCAAAUGAGCUUGUCUCAACUCACGGGUACUCGCGGAAUCAGAUCAUCGUGUGGAAAUAUCUGUCAAUGCAGCAGAUUGCGCAGCUCACAGCCAAGGAUCUCUCUCACUUGUUAUCGGAGGAAGCCAAGUCCAGAAAGAAUUCUCCUUUGAAAGGAGCUUUCAAGUAUUUCAACCAACCCGGAAUGACCUUCUUGGGUGGUGGAUUACCGCUUUCCGACUAUUUCCCAUUCAACAGAAUGGAGUUGGACGCCCCAAGCGCCCCAUUCCCCAAUGGCAUUGGUGCCCAGGCUACCGAUGAGGACAAGACUGUGAUUGAAGUUUACAAAGACAAGACGAAAAACGACCCCAAGACCAAGGAUGUCGAGUUGUCCAGAUCAUUGCAGUAUGGUUACACUGAGGGUGCCCCAGAGCUCCUCAACUUCUUGAAGGAGCACACUGAGACCAUUCACAAGGUUCCAUACGAUGGAUGGUCUGUGAUCUCAAGUAUCGGUAACACUCAAUCCUGGGACGCUGUCUUGAGAACUUUCGUUACCCGUGGUGAUGCCAUCUUGGUUGAAGAACACACCUUCCCCUCCGCAUUGGAAACCGCUCAUGCCCAGGGAGUUAACACUGUCCCUGUUGCUAUGGAUAGUGAGGGUCUCCUUCCAGAAGCCUUGGAGAAGACCUUGGACCAAUGGGUUGGUCCUAAGCCUAAGUUAUUGUACACCAUCUGUACUGGUCAGAACCCCACUGGUUCUUGUUUGAGUGCUGAGAGAAGAAGAGCUAUUUACAAGCUUGCCCAGCAGCACGACUUCAUCAUCAUUGAGGAUGAGCCAUACUACUUCUUACAAAUGGAGCCCUACACCGAGAACUUGGAAGAGAGAUCCAAGAAGCAUGUUCACGACCAUGACGAGUUUGUGAAGGCCUUGGUGCCUUCCUUCCUCUCGAUGGAUGUCGAAGGUCGUGUUAUCAGAUUGGACUCGGUUUCCAAGACCAUCGCACCAGGCUCUAGAUUCGGCUGGAUCGUCGGACAGGAAAAGUUGUUGGAGAGAUUCGUCAGAUUGCACGAAGUGUCUAUUCAAUGCCCAUCAGGUUUCGCUCAAUCUGCGUUGAACGGUUUGUUCCAGAGAUGGGGUCAAAAGGGCUACUUGGACUGGUUGAUUGGCUUAAGAGCCGAGUACACCCACAAGAGAGAUGUCGCCAUUGACUCUUUGCACAAAUACUUCCCUAAGGAGGUCGUGCAGAUCUUGCCUCCUGUGGCUGGUAUGUUUUUCGUUGUCCAAAUUGAUGCAAGCAAGCACCCCAAGUACAAGGAAUUUGGUGAGAGCGCAUUGAAAGUGGAGGAGUCAAUUUAUAGAAAGGGUUUGGAGAAGGGAACCUUAAUCAUUCCUGGCUCGUGGUUCAAGGCUGACGGCCAGACCAACCCUCCACAACCCCCCACUCCUAAGGAUCCUGCUCUCGAGAAAUUCAUUUUCUUCAGAGGUACCUACGCCGCUGUACCAUUAGACGAAUUGGAGUUUGGUUUGAAGAAGUUCGGAGCUGCAGUUCACGAGGAAUUUGGUUUACUCGCUACAGGAGGUUUGGACGGAAACGUCAAGAUAUGGGACACCAAGCUGAUCCUACGAUACAAGGAUUAUCAAUCUGAAGGAGGAGAGAACGAUGUUUUAAAAGAUAAGAUGGAUAUUGACGAGCAGCCGCAUGAACUAAAACGACCUGUUGCUUCUAUGUCUAGACAUAACGGAGCAGUAACGUGUGUGAAAUUCUCACCAGACGGAAAGUUUCUAGCCUCAGGCUCUGAUGACAAGAUUGUUCUUAUCUGGGAGAAAGACGAGGAGCAGGCAAAUAGGCCAAAACAGUUUGGUGAAACCGAGGCCGACCUAGAGCACUGGAUGGUGAGAAAGAGACUAGUGGCCCACGACAAUGAUGUUCAGGAUAUCUGCUGGUCUCCAGAUGGAUCAUUGUUGAUAACUGUGGGUUUGGAUCGUUCGAUUAUUAUCUGGAGCGGAACGACUUUUGAAAGAAUCAAGCGUUACGACAUUCACCAGUCCAUGGUGAAGGGUAUUGUGUUUGACCCAGCUAACAAGUUCUUUGCUACGGCUUCGGACGACAGAACUGUUCGGAUCUUUCGUUAUUCAAGGAAACUCAACGAUACAUCGAUGAACAAUUACGAAUUCCAGGUUGAGCAUAUCGUCAUGGACCCAUUCAAGAAGUCACCUCUUACCUCGUACUUCAGAAGAAUGUCUUGGUCCCCAGACGGACAGCACAUUGCAGUUCCAAACGCCACAAACGGCCCCGUGAGUGCCGUCGUUAUCAUCAACAGAGGCAAUUGGGCUACUGAUGUGUCUUUGAUCGGUCAUGAAGCACCCUGUGAGGUCUGUUCCUUCUCUCCUCGUCUUUUCCGUGAAGACAGUACUAAAUCAGACCAGUACAUGACAAUUCUUGCCACAGGUGGUCAAGACAGGACACUAGCGGUGUGGAGUACUGGCAGGACGAAGCCCUUGGUGGUAGCAGAGGAAGUGGUAGAGAAUGCAAUUACCGAUAUUUGUUGGGGUCCCGACGGACAGUCGUUAUUCCUUACAUCGCUAGAUGGCUCGGUUACAUGUGUUAUUUUCGAUGAGAAGGAACUUGGUGAAAUUGUCGCUGAAGACGUAAAUGACUCCCAGUUACUACGCUACGGUGGAGAUAGAGAGCUGACUGUGUUUGCUGAGAGCGCACAGCAACUCGAGCUCGAAGAACUUGCGGCGAAACAGGAUUUAGCAGCUCCCGCUCGUCCAACGACACCAAAGCUAGAACCAAAGGUGAAGACUGAGGAUGACUUCACCACUGCCCCUUCUACACCGCAUAAACCCAAAGAAGAACCACAGGCUACCAAGAAGAUCAGCAGUCGAACACAAAGUGUCAAGAUCACCAAAGAUGGGAAGAAACGAGUUGCCCCUAUGCUUAUAUCGUCAGCUGCGGCCCCAAAGACGAGCAGCUCCUUUUCGCAGCCAUCAAUUAAGUCUUCUAGAAAGUUUGACAUCAGCAACAAGGUCUCCCAGACUCCUUAUCACCUACCACGACUUGGUGUCCAGACGAGUGUUCAUGGACUUCGACAGCGUAAUAGUGCUCAUGGAGACGAUGUGCUGAAGGCGAAUGAGGACCAAGACAACGAUAAUGAAGACAUCGGAAUGGACGACCCUAACGCAACUCAUAGCUCAUACAAUGGAGGAACAUUCAGAAAGAAAAUGAAACGCUACAGAAGGUGGCUCAUGAAGCAUAAGUACCCCACGCCAUUCAAGUUCGUUUCUGAUUUACCUAACGUUCUUUUCAGAAACGCCGAUAUGAUGAACCACGAACUAAGCAGUCUUAUCCAGAAAAAGGAUAUUGUCAACUCGCAAGAAAUCAUCAACCCUUCAUCAAUUGAAGCUGUUGACGAGAACAUCAUGUUUCAAGUUGUCGUGAAGUCGGUUCAACAUUUGCACAAAACACCAAAGUUUUUGGAGAGGGUUUCCAACGGCGAUAGUGACGAGCUAAUUUCGUCCAUCGUUGAGGUCAGAAAUGGCUCUGCUUGGCCAGAGGAUGAUGCCUCUUUGAAUGCCGAUUACGCCCAACGGUUGGACUUUCAAGAUCCAACUCAGGUAAUUGUCACCAACAAUGAGAAAAGUGAAACCAGGGACUACAUUAUCUACUUUCCUUUUAGGAUCCAACAGGUUGUGCCCAUUUUGUUUGAUGACAGUCUAUUUUACUAUGUGUUGAUUUCGUUCGAUGGAGCCAUACAAAUAGUCUAUGCCGACUCGGGCAGUUAUCUAACACCCCAACUUGAAAUUGGCAGCAAUAUUGUCUUUGCGAAACAGAGCGGACGGUAUCUUCUCGUUUUGACGAGUUCUGGUCUUCUAUACGUCUGGGAAUUUUUUGGCACAAGUUACCAGAACAUAAAGGGCUCCUUGAAAGGUGUUUCCAUUGCCGCUGUUAUAAACAGCGAGACAGUCCUCCCCAAGAUCGAUCCUGAUUCUACCAAAAAAGGAGUUCACCCAUCGGUGGUGGUGGAGGUUGUGAGGUCUGUUGAUGUUGAUCCAGACACCGGAGCUCCAUACAUCACCUUACAGAAUACCAACUCUGUCUACACAUACAGCAGUGAUAUGAUGGUCUGGCUCAAGGCCGUGGAACCAUGGUAUUAUCUUGCUUUGCAGGAAGCUGAUUUACAGGUGAGAUCGCCGCUUUUGCAACUGCUCCUCAAGAAAACGUAUACCUCCAACCUCGAACAGAUAGAGAGAGGUAAGAGGAGCAGGUAUACGUUCAAUGAGCAGAACAAGGAGCUCGAAGAAAACAUGAAGCUGCGAUUCAGUGAGCAAGUGGAGCUACUUUGA